AUGGAAGAGAGCUUUAAAUUGUCUGAUAGUAAAAUACCUGCAGACGACAGUAGGAUCGUAGACUCUUCCAAUGUUUCAGUUACAGUAAUGGCGGCCUCGGUCACUGCAACAGCUCGUUUGAAGAAGGAUUACUGUAAACUGCUAAAAGAACCAGUGCCAUAUGUUCGAGCUGCACCAUUACAGGAGAACAUACUAGAGUGGCACUACAUUAUAUUCGGUGCGCCAAACACUCCUUAUGAAGGAGGUGUAUAUCAUGGUAAAUUAGUCUUCCCAAGUGAUUUUCCAUUUAAACCACCGUCUAUUUAUAUGAUUACGCCUAGUGGUCGGUUUCAAGUCAACACAAGAUUGUGUUUGUCUAUUUCCGAUUUUCAUCCGGAUACAUGGAAUCCAGCAUGGACGGUGUCUACUAUAAUUACUGGUCUUCUGUCAUUUAUGAACGAUUCGGCGCCCACGUUGGGUAGUAUUACAUCAUCAGAUGCAGAGAAGAAAAUACUAGCCCGUCGCAGCAAAGCAUUUAACCUGAAGGAUCGAGUUUUCUGCUCGUUAUUUCCUGAUGUUGUUGAGGAGAUAAGAAAGGAACUCAGUGAUGCAAACAGUGCAGAGGAGGCCACAUUAAAGGAGGAAGAAGAAAGGCUCUUGAGACAACAUUUUAGUGCUGCCGAGCCGUCGUCAGGGCUUUCGUCGCUCGUGUCGAAUCUAAUUGUGAUUGCAGGCGUCGUGGUGCUUGCGUUUGCAGUUCCUCAUCUCCGUCGAAGAGGAGUCCUUCAAGGAGCACUUGCUAAGAUAGUACUGCUAUCUCGUGAUUAUACUUUAGACUUAUGUGUCUCGAAUGUCUUGACCAAGAUGUCCUUCUUGCGGAAAUAUUUGCUUGGUGGUAUGGUAGUAUGCGUCAUAUGUACAAUGGUUAUAGUAUACAACUGUACAUGCGACAAUAGUAAAGGGUGGAUCGAGUUUUCACAAGCUCAAAUAGCCCCAGCAGCUCCUAUGGAAAUACUUCCUGAGACGUUUAUUCUUAUUAUGAUUAUGUCUUCCCCAAAUGAAAGUGCCAUAAGAGCUGUGGUGCGGGACACUUGGUUACGACUGUCUCAGAAAGGACCAUCAGUGGUGCAACAUCGUUUCCCGAUAGGAAUUAAAGGAUUAAGAAGAUUUUCGAAUUUUAGUGAAACAACGCGUUUACAUCUGGAAGAGGAAAACCAAAUUCAUGGUGAUAUUGUGUUCCUAGACAACGUGGAGGAUGUUUACACAAAUCUUGCUCUGAAAACAUUGAGAACUAUGGAGUAUGCCUAUCAGAACUUUAGAUUCGAAUACAUUUUAAAGGUUGGUGGAUCAUCGUCAUUCUAUUUUCCGGUCGACUCUGAUUCUUUUGUUCGAUUGGGUGCUAUUAUUAAAGCCUUAAAGGACAUACAACAUCCACGCCUGUACUGGGGAUUUCUCGAUGGACGGGCGAAGCCCAUUCGCAAAGGCAAAUGGCGUGAGACAGAUUGGAUACUUUGUGAUCGUUAUCUUCCAUACCAGCUUGGUGGUGGCUACGUGCUUUCCUUCGAACUUGUUCGAUUUCUAGCGAUGAAUGCACGACUAUUCAAGUUGUACAAAAACGAAGACGUUUCUGUGGGAGCAUGGCUAGCCGGGUUAGAUAUAAAAUACAUACAUGACCCUCGAUUCGAUACCGAGUGGAAAUCGCGUGGUUGCAACAACGAGUACCUCAUAACACACAAGAAGUCAGCUGCUGAUAUGGAAAAACUAUACAGCAACUUGGUGAAUCUGCGAGUACUAUGCGAUAAGGAAUUUCGCAUCCGAGAUUCUUAUGUUUACGACUGGAGUGGAUUGCCCAGUGAAUGUUGCCACAGAAAGAACGGAACGAAUAUACCGUAA